AUGCAGACAUCAUCGUCCGUCUUGCCAUCCUCAGAGUCGAUCUCUUCCGACGCCGCCAUACCCAGGUUCUCGACACAGCAGCAGAAGCGACAAGCAUCGGUGCUCACAGCUCAAACUGCCCCUGCUUCACCGAGAAUGGAGAGAGACACUGCCGCUCUGCCGGCGUCUGCUUCGGACUCAGCCCUGGUCUCAUCGGAAUCCGCGGCAAAGGCUUCGAUAGUGGCUGAGGCAGCCGCGUAUGUAGCGCCACCCAUCCCAUCCAGCUUCAAGACUUCCUUUUCCGCUUGGUGGAAGGCGAAUCCAAUCGAGGACUCUGCUCAAGCUGAGCUGCAUCUGUAUCGAUCGACAGGCUACUUUGAAGGUGCCAGCGUCAACAAUGUCGUUUGCGAGAAUCAAGAUAUCCGAGACGGCAAGGGUCUCGCCAACGGUCUUGAAUGGGCCCGUCGAGCCAGCUCGAGCAACAACACCAGCACAGACGGCUCUGCCUCGGCUGCGGCUCAAGCUUCCUCGUCCUCAUCGUUGAGCUCUUUCUUCAACGCGCCCAGGUUCUGGCCCUUCCAUCGAGGUAGAGAGCCUUCUACGAUGACGAUUGGUCUGAGACCAGCUGUAGAUGGCAAAGUGGGUUGCAUCCGACUCGUUGACCUUGGCGACUCCACUUGCUCAACAAGCCAGCCCGCUUCUGCCCAAGCAUCGACCAACAGUUUGCCCCCGUCGACAUCCACCGAGCUCACUUCAUCGCCCACUGUCAGACUAGCUGCUGAGCAUGGUUUACACCUCCCUGCUGGCACAUCGCUAGACGGUCAGCCCAUCCUCAACGACAAUCUAGAGCUCACACCGAUGCCACAAGAGGCUUUCAAGCCAUACACUCCGCCCCCGGGACGCAAGCUCAACAUGCUCGAGAUUGGCAUCCCAUACUCCAAGGACAAGGAGCAGGAGAUCAAGAACGAGACCAAGAUCGUUCUCGCUCACGGCUACGGUGCAGGAAGCGCCUUUUUCUUCCAGAACAUCAAGUCGAUGGCAGAAAUGCCCAACUCGCGCCUAUACCUGCUCGACUGGCUAGGAAUGGGACGAUCUUCGCGACCCACCUUCCACAUCCCUUCGUCCGAAACCAAGAAUGUCGACACGCGCGUCGCCGCUGCAGAGAGCUUCUUCAUUAGCAGCCUUGAGGACUGGAGAAGCAAGAUGGGCUUGGACAAGAUGGUCUUGGUGGGACACAGUUUGGGCGGAUACCUUUCACUUGCAUAUGCGCUUCGCUACCCUUCGCGAGUCGAGAGACUGGUCCUCGUUAGUCCUGUCGGUAUUCCCAACGCACCGCCCGAGGAAGAAAGCGGAAGAACGUUCAAGCCUAAGGACGGGGAUGCAGUGGAGCAAGAGGUUCACAAGCCGCAACAGGAAGUAGCUCCUCAGUCGCCAGCGCAAGAGCUCAAGGACAGAAACACUGCCAAGGAAAUGGCACGAAAGGCUGCACAGAACCGUGCCGACGGCAUCGUCGAGGGCAAAGGUAGCGGCGCUUCUUCGUCGACACCACCGCUCGAGCGUUCCGGCACGGCCACCUCGGUCGAUUUCGCCAGAGCCACUCGUUCAGGACAAUCAGAAGCGCCCGAGAGGGGCUCGCACGAGCCGCCGAGGAUCUCAAAGCGCGUGCGCUCUGUUUUCGGCUUUCUAUGGGAGCAGAACGUCUCGCCGUUUGGGAUCCUGCGUGGCUCGCUCUUCUUUGGGCCCAUGUUGUCCGGACGAUACACAUCAAGAAGAUUUGGAGCCUUGCCAGAAGACGAGCUUCGAUCGUUGCACGCCUACUGCCAGAGCAUCUUCUUGAGCAAAGGCUCAGGCGAAUACUGUCUUGCCCAUAUCCUUGCACCGGGAGCCUAUGCUCGUCGACCGAUGGUAGAGCGCAUUGAUGGACUCAAGAUGCCGAUGAGCUUCCUGUACGGUGAGCAUGAUUGGAUGGACGUGCGAGGCGGUAAAGAGGCGGUCAAGCGUCUUCGAAAGCGUGGCAAUGACAAGACCAACUGCUUUGUUGUGCCCAACAGCGGCCAUCACAUCUAUUUGGACAACCCAAAGCCUUACAACUCGCUGAUUGCUAGGAUUCUCCGCGGCGAAGCGGAUCAGUCGAGCAAGUAG